GUUAUGCAUAUCUUACUAAGAUCAAAAUUCAUUUGAUUUAGAUUUUAUGACAGAGAGAGAGUUUGGUGGUCGUGUAGAGUUAUUACGAAUUCGCUUAGUUUUAGGUGGAGGCCUAAACUAAGGACUGACAUAGGAUCUUGCCAAGUUUGAUCAAAUGAGGUCGUUUACUUUUGAGAAGAGACGACUUCACCAUUUUCUUCUACAGUACUUCCAGAAAUAUAUCUUUGACCGUCUAAUCUAAUUUAUCUAAUCCUUACACUAAGUAGUUGCUGAAUAGUUCUAGUCGACAGACGGGCAGAAUUAAUAUUAUCCAAAAGCUAUGGGGUUACGCAAGAAAACUAGAUUAACACUUCAAUGACAAAGGAAAAAAAAAAACACAUUUAUUUUUACGACCGUUGAAAUUCUGUUUUCUUUUGCUUAAAAUUGGUCCGUCGACAAAAUUUGUCCAAUUGAAACCUUCUUUUUUGCAUAUUUCUUUCAUACUUCCGUCACUACUUAUAUAUUUAGUCGGAUUUUCCCUAAAAUAUGAUUUGAGAGACAAAAGAUAAAGUAGCUCAAACAUAGUUUCCUUUUGCAAUUCUAAUCCGUUGACUAAUGUUGUUCUCCUGAAAUCCGUCAACUUGAAAUUUUUCUUCUAAUUUACAGAUUUCUAAUUAUUUUUAUAUUAUAUUUCAAUUGAAUAGUGGAAAAAUAAAACACGCUAUGGGGUUGCUAAAAGCCUAAAUCCGAUAACUGUAUAUAAAUUAUUGUAACUAUACUAUAGUAAGUAGUAACCACCAAACGUGGGAUUUCUCCUUUCUCUGUUGUUGGAAAGUUUCAUAAUGGAGAAGAGAUUUUGUAUUCAAAACUCACCUCUGCUAUCAUUUCUUCUUGUUCUGCUUCUCUUCAUCUCCAACUGUUUUGCUUCAAGUCAAAAUGAUGAAGUUGAUGAACAAGUUCGGGUCAGGGUAGGGUUGGUUUUGGAUUUGGGUUCCGUGGAAGGGAAGAUAGUGAGAAGCUCUGUUUCUAUGGCGCUUUCCGAUUUCUACGCCAUUCACAAUGAUUACAAAACAAGAGUCUCUCUCUCAGUCAGAAACUCUCAUGGAGAGCCUCUUCUUACUCUCUCUUCUGCUGUAGAUCUAUUGCAAACUGAAGGAGUAGAAGCGAUUAUUGGCGGGAAUUCGUUGUUGGAAGCAAAGCUUUUAGGGGAACUUGGAGAGAAAGCUAGGGUUCCUAUGAUUUCACUUGACUCUCCUAUUUCAUGUUCAUUGAGUAAAUACAGUCACUUGAUCCAAGCCACACAUGAUUCCACCUCAGAGGCUAAGGGGAUUACAUCUUUUAUUAAUGGGUUUGAUUGGAACAGUGUUGCUCUUGUUUAUGAAGAUCAUGAUGAUUGGAAAGACUCUAUGCAACUUCUUGUGGACCAUUUCCAUGAGAACAAUGUUCGUAUAAAGUCCAAGAUUGGUUUUACUGUCUCUUCGAGUGAGGAUUCUAUGAUGGAUCGGUUACGGAAGCUUAACGCCUUGGGAACAACUGUCUUUGUUGUUCACUUGUCGAAAGUUAUGGUAACUUAUCUCUUCCCAUGUGCUGAGAAAUUAGGGAUGAUGGGUGAAGGUUUUGCUUGGAUUCUCACUGCCAAAAGCAUGAACAGAUUUCAUGAGUCCAUUGAUGAUUUCGCAAAGGAGACAAUGGAAGGUGUGGUUGGUUUCAAAUCUUACAUUCCAAUGUCAAAAGAGGUUCACAAUUUCACUUUGAGGUGGAGAAAAUCACUGCAUGUUGAAGAAGUUAUUGGGACUGAGAUUACUCGGUUGAGCAUCUCUGGUAUUUGGGCUCACGAUAUCGCUUGGGCUCUGGCGAGUGCAGCGGAAGUUAUAAGGAUGCCAAAUGUAACAUCAACUCUCCUUGAGGCAAUCACAGAGAGUAAAUUUAAAGGUUUGAGUGGUGACUUCCAAUUAGAUGAUAGGAAGUUGUUAUCAGACAAGUUUGAGAUUGUGAAUAUGAUAGGAUCAGGUGAGAGAAGGAUAGGAUUCUGGAAUUUUAAUGGUAGUUUUAGCAAUAGAAGACAUUUAUCAUCUACUCAUAACAAUCUUGAGACCAUAAUCUGGCCUGGUGGCUCUACUCAAAGUCCAAAAGGGAGUAGUCUAAAACAGAGCGAUAGAAAAAAGCUGAGGGUUUUGGUUACGUCUAGCAAUAGAUUCCCAAGACUGGUGAAUGUAACAACUGACCCAGUAACACAUGAUAUAAUAAAUGUCGAUGGGUUCUGUAUAGAAGUCUUUAAUGCUUCCAUUGCACCUUUUAACUAUGAAGUGGAGUACAUACGUUGGCGCAAUGGAAGUAACUACGACAAUCUUGCAUAUGUACUUAAUAGCCAGAAAGACAAAUAUGAUGCGGCCGUGGGAGAUAUUACUAUCACUUGGAAUAGAUCGACAUACGUUGAUUUCACGUUGCCAUUCACCGAAAUGGGUCUUGGAAUCGUAGCACUCAAGGAGAGAAGUAUGUGGGUGUUCUUGCAGCCUCUAACACCAAACCUUUGGAUAACAAGUGCAUCUUUCUUUGUUUUGAUAGGCAUUAUAGUUUGGUUGAUAGAAAGACAUGAGAACCCUGAGUUCCAGGGAUCUUGGUCCCAACAGAUUGGAGUUAUGCUUUGGUUUGGGUUCUCUACCCUUGUUUAUGCUCAUAGGGAGAGGCUAAACCACAACUUAUCAAGAUUUGUAGUUACAGUUUGGAUAUUUGCGGUGCUCAUACUGGUAACAAGUUACACUGCAACAUUGACAUCAAUGAUGACGGUGCAAUCGAUACGAUUCAACUCUAAUAAAAACUAUGUGGGUCACCUCUCCGGUUCCCUCAUCGCAAAAGCGGCCCUCACCAAUUCCAGCAUGCAAACAAUGAGAUCACUGGGUCUCAAUACUUCAGACGAUUAUGCUCGAGCCUUGUUGGACAAAAAUGUCUCACUUAUUGUUAGUGAGUUGCCAUACCUCAAAGUCCUUUUUCGCGAUUACCCUAAAGAUUUUCUCAUGGUCAAGAAACAAUAUACAACCAAUGGUUUUGGCUUUAUGUUCCAGAAGGGCUCCGAGUUGGUGCAUAAUGUUUCUCGGGAGAUCUCGAAGCUAAGGACGAGUGAGAGACUAAACGAGAUGGAGAGAAGAUGGUUUGAAAAACAGUCCUCAUACCCAACGGAUGAUAAAUCAAAUCCUCUAACCCUUGAUAGAUUCCGCGGUCUGUUUAUGAUCACUGGAGUUUCAUUCGCUUUCUCUCUUGCAGUACUUUUCAUCCUCUGGCUCCGAGAAAAAUGGGAUAUUAUUGUGCAUUCGGUCAAUAUAUUCCUCUCACGACGACUUAGACAUUUCAGGAUCAUCUUCACAAGAACUAUCCAUCCUAGCCCCCUCGAUAACACUAUUGGCGAGAAUGCUAUUCAAAUGGCUCAACGUAACAGACGAUAGGAACUGAUUAAGUAAGAGCAAACAAUUGUUGUUUCUAUAUCUGACUCUGACCUUGGAGCCUCACAGAACAACCUUGCCGUUCUUCCUCCAAUGGUCCACUAGUUCUUGAUCCAAACUGGCUUGGGAUUGAAAGUAUAAAUGAUUGUUAGACCAAUUUGUAAAUUAUCGUGUGAUCAUAUUUGGAACCACUUUAUGAUUUUGUUUUU